UUAUCUUCACCACACUUCACCUUCUACUUCAUCUCCACCGCAUUAGUGACAAAAUCUCUUCAAUCAUCUUCCUUUGUUAGCAACAUCGACUUCCUCCUCCAACUUUCAUCGCCAGCAACGCUAUCACCGGCCAACGUAAUCACCGUCUGUGUUCUCCUCGGUCUGCUUCGACUUCUUUCUUCAACUCUUGCAACCUCAAGUUGGAAGCUCUUUCUUAAUUCCUCCUCACGAACAGAGAAGGAUGUCAAAUCUAAGUGCAAAGCGUAAAAUCCGAUUGAGUACUGCCACACCUCCACAAUUGCCUCAGCAACUUGAAACAUCAAUUCCUCAUGUAGUUGUGACCUCCGCUCCUAAUAUGUCAACUGGUGAAGCGCAGCGUAGAGUCCCAUGUGGAACUACAGCAUCUGCACAAUUGCCUCACCAACCUGAAAAUUCUUCUCUUCCUCAACCAUCUAUGCAUACAUCAUCUCCAGUCAUGUCUGAACCAAUUAGGAGACCCUUGAUAUCACCUGCAUCAUCUCCUUCAAUCCCAUCUCUUGGAACAGAAGCCUCAUAAAACCCAACUCAAGGUUCUCCUGCUAGUUCCAACCCAUGGGGUAUUGAUCCCUCAGAUAAUCGGAUGUGGGUAUAUCCUGAGAAUAAAACGUUUAAUCCUGCUGUUAUUCCUGUGCGAAAUAUUCUUCCUAUCAUUCAAGGAAAAUUUGAACACCCAUGCUGUACUUGGAAGGUGACACCCCCUCAAAUUAAGGACUUGUGGUUUAGGGAAUGGGCGAAACAAUUUAAAUGGUUGCCACAACAUGAAGUUGCUAUUAGGAGAAAUUGGAACUUAAAGUGCGCAGAAAUCAUAAGACAUACAAUGCAUAAUGUUCGGAAGGAUCUGUUUCUGAAACAAAUGAGGCCUAAUUGGAUUCCACCUAAUGUGAUGGAUGAUUUAGAGGAAAUAUGGACAUCAGAAAAUUAUAAGUCCAAGUAUAACACAGCUAAAGUCAAUCGGGCCUCUUCCACAGGAGGCACUCAACACAAAGGGGGCAGCAUUCCUAAUACUGAACAUAGAAGGAGGCUGGCUUUGCAGUUGGGAAGAAAUCCUACUCAAUAUGAAUUGUUCACAAAGACGCACUUUGAUGUCAAAACUAACCAAUUUGUGGAUAUUAGGUCAGCUGAAGUUUCUGAACAUUACAUGAGGAUCAAGGCAUCCAAGAGUUCCAGUGUUGGUUCUCCAAGUGUGGAGGAAUCAAAUCAGUUAGAUGGUGAAGAAAUGAGGAUUUGGUUGCAGGCUGCAGGUGGUAAGAACAAGAAGGGUCGAAUCUAUGGCUUAGGAUCUGAUGCCCAGCAUAAUGAUUGCACACAACAUUCUUCUCAUAUGUCUCCUCCUUCCAUCAACACAGAAGGCCAACUUGAUCUUCAGAAUAUUGUCUCAGAGCUUAAACAAGAAAAUGAAGAUCUUAGACAAUUGAAUGUCACCAUCUUGUCUAGGUUGGAAGCACUUGAGCGAAAAUUCUCAACUGGGUCGCCUAUCAACUCCAGCACUCAAAGUGAAGCAAGUCCACAUAAUGAUAAUUAGUAGUUUGUUUAAUAUUAGACUUGUUAUAAAUAUUGCUUUUUAAUUUGGGACUUGACAUUUUUAGAUUUGUUGCUUGUUAUGACAAUUGCUAUUUUAAUUUGGUUUGAAUAUUAGCUACAUUAUAAUUAUAAUUUCAA